AUGAAGUCUCCAAGGAUGAGAGUCUGUGCUAGGUCAGUCUUGCUGUCUCACUGGCUCUUUCUGGCCUAUGUGCUAAUGGUGUGCUGUAAGCUGAUGUCUGCCUCCAGCCAACAUCUCCGGGGACACGCAGGUCACCACCAAAUCAAGCAAGGGACCUGUGAGGUGGUCGCAGUGCACAGGUGCUGUAACAAGAACCGCAUAGAGGAGCGAUCACAAACGGUCAAGUGUUCUUGCUUCCCAGGACAGGUUGCUGGCACAACUCGGGCUCAGCCUUCUUGUGUUGAAGCUUCCGUUGUGAUUCAGAAAUGGUGGUGUCACAUGAAUCCUUGUUUGGAAGGAGAGGAUUGCAAAGUGCUGCCAGAUCACUCAGGUUGGUCCUGUAGCAGCGGCAACAAAGUCAAAACUACAAAGGCAAGUAUAGACAAAACCCAGCUGUAAUUUACGACCUCAGUGUAUCAUUACCUGUGGGGUCUCCCCUGCUUCGUUUCGUCCUGCCGUCAAGAGGACA